UCGUCUCUACCAGAAUUAACAUACAACUAAAAUUUCUCCCCGCAUCUCUUAUAGCCAUUUCAUCAAACACCUUAUGAGCGUCAGCUAAAACAUCAUAUUUGGCAUAAUUAUCAAAGCCGACUCGAAAAAUUACAAGAGUAUAGUUUCCAGGGCAACAUUCAGUUAGCCUCUUCACUGAUAAACCCUGAUUUCUUUUCUUUAGCAUCUUUGUUCACAUUAAACAUGUUACCUCAUCAUCACCGUUAAAGGAAAAUCCGCCAGCCCUAACCACCGCCGCCGCCGCCGUCUCCAAAGCCAAAUCAUAGCCACCGGCCUCCAUAACUAUCACCACAUUCUAAUAUAAUCGAAAGAGAAAUUUCACCUUACAAAUUUUAAAUUUCCUAAUUGGCGCUCUUUAAUUUUCUCUUAAACCUAACAAACCGAGUCAGUAAAAAGAAAACCCUAAUAUUGCAGUAAAAAGGAAAUGGCGAGGGUAAGUGGUAAUGAAGAAGAGAUGAGCGGAUGGACUGAUCUUUUACACUCUUCCACUAAGCUUCUCGAGCAAGCUGCUCCUUCAGCUCAGUUCCCUCCUCUUCAGAGGAAUUUAGAACAGUUAGAAGCAUUGUCAAAGAAGCUAAAGGCUAAAACAUUGAGAACUGAAGCCCCUUCUCAAUCUAUUGCUGCUACUCGGCUUCUUGCACGGGAAGGAAUAAAUGCAGAGCAGCUCGCUCGAGAUCUCAAGUCUUUUGAAUUAAAGACGGUAUUUGAAGAUGUGUUCCCUGCUGAGGCUACAAGUGUUGAAGAAUAUUUGCAGCAGGUUCACGAAAUGGCAAUGGUGUCAGCCAUACAAGAAGCUCAAAAGGAUAAUUUGAGAAGCUUUAAUGAUCACAUGCUGAAAGUUUUGGAGGAGGAUUGGCAAAAAGAAAAACGUGACUUCCUUCAGAGCUUGAGUCGGAUUUCAACAAUACCCAGAACUAAUGCAAUUGACACAAGUACUAGAGGUACUCGUUCAGGUCAAAUAGCAUCUGUUUCUUCCAGCCCCCACGUUUCUUCAGGCCCAGUUGGCAUGGAGCUUGUACCCUUAGCUAGCAUGCCAAUAGUGGAGAAAAAAGCUUCCCUUUAUGCAGAAAUUGUGAAGAAUAUGAAUUAUGCUAGAGAGCAUGGUUUGCAAUUUAAGCCUGCAACAGCCUUCAAGAAUGCUUAUGAUAGUCUGGGGCACGAAACUUCUGGUGGAAAAUCAGUUAAUAUGCAGAAAAUGUGGCAUCUUGUUCAGACACUGAUGGGUGAGAAUUCAACGUUUCAAAGGAAUCUUUCAAGAAAAAUGUCAUUAGUGAUUGGAGCAAGACGUCACUUAGAAUCAGGACAUGAAAAGUAUAUUAUAGAUACAAUACAAAGCCAUCCGAGUCAGGCCGCCCUUGGUGGAGCUGUAGGAAAUUUACAAAGAGUUCGCGCUUUCCUUCGGAUUCGCUUGAGGGAUUAUGGAGUUCUAGAUUUUGAUGCAGGAGAUACUCGUAGGCAGCCUCCAGUUGAUACCACUUGGCAGCAGAUUUAUUUUUGCUUGAGAACUGGGUAUUACGAUGAAGCAAGAAACAUAGCCCUGUCGUCCCGUGCUUCACAGCAAUUUGCUCCUCUGCUGACAGAGUGGAUUAACACCGGAGGAAUGGUUCCUCCAGAAAUUGCAGCUGCUGCUUCUGAAGAAUGUGAAAAAAUGUUAAGAAUGAAUGACCGGGUGGGUCGAGCUGCAUAUGAUAAGAAAAAGUUGUUACUAUAUGCUAUAGUCUCUGGUUCUAGGAGGCAAAUUGAUCGCCUUCUGAGAGAUCUGCCAACACUUUUCAAUACUAUAGAGGACUUCUUGUGGUUCAUGUUAUCAGCUGUACAGGACUUUGAUGGUGGAACCUCAGCUGUUGUCCUAAAUGAAGGUUCAACACCAUACAAUUUGGAAGAUUUGCAGGGUUACCUUAAUAAAUUUGAGCCAUCGUACUAUACAAAAAAUGGGAAGGAUCCUCUAGUUUACCCUUAUGUGUUGCUUUUGAGCAUCCAGUUGCUAAAAGCUGUCUUGCAUUUGUCCAAGGAAGCUGCAGGUGAAGGGAAUAAUAUUGAUGCUGUCCACAUAGCAAUUGUCCUAGCAGACUAUGGGGUUCUUUCUGAAAUUGGAGGGGCUGGAAAAAAACUAGGUGUCAUGGAUGCUUAUGCAGAAGUCGCUAGUAUAAUUAGGCAGUAUGGUUCUUCAUACUUGCAUCAUGGAAAUCUUCUGGUGGCUUUGGAAUAUUAUGCUCAAGCUGCAGCUGCAGUAGGGGGUGGAGAGGUGUCAUGGACUGGGAGAGGUAACAUGGAUCAGCAAAGACAGAGAAGUUUGAUGCUAAAGCAACUCCUUACCGAGUUACUGUUACGGGAUGGUGGUAUUUUUCUGUUACUUGGUCCCCGUGGUGCUGGAGAAGAAGGUGAAUUGGUGCGAUUUUUUGAUUCUAAUGCAAGGCAGCAAUUUCUGCUUGCAGCUGCUCGGCAGUGUGAGGAAGCUGGACUUUAUGACAAAUCCAUAGAAAUUCAGAAGAGGGUUGGAGCUUUCUCUAUGGCUUUGGAUACAAUUAAUAAGUGCUUGUCUGAAACAAUCUGUGCUCUGUCACGUGGUAGACUGGAUGGGGAGAGCCGGACUGCUGGUUUUAUUCAUUCUGGCAAUGAGAUUUUAGAGACAUACAAGUAUUAUCCUGAAGUCAGUUUUCAAGAGAGAGAGCACGUUUUAGAGCAAGAAACUGUCUUGAGACAACUUGAGGCAAUUUUAUCUGUUCACAAGUCAGCAAGAUUGGGUAAUUACCUUGAUGCUUUAAGGGAGGUGGCAAAACUUUCCUUUCUUCCAUUUGAUCCACGAGUGCCAAAUGCCACUUCAGAUGCAUUUCAGAAUUUGUCUCCUCAUGUCCAAGUUUGUGUACCAGAUCUUCUUAAGGCAGCUCUUACUUGUCUUGACAAUGUAACAGAUUCUGAUGGAUCACUUCGUGCCAUGAGGGCAAAGAUUGCACAGUUUCUUGCAACCAACAUGAGUAGGAAUUGGCCUCGUGACUUGUAUGAAAAAGUUGCCAGAAGUCUGUGAAGUAUAUUGCGGUUGAGGUUAGCAGAUAUCAUGAUUUUUGUUUGUUAUUUAGCUAAGGUAUUUAGGCGUGGCAUACAAUUGCUUUGAUUUGUAACGUUGUUAAAUCAUUAAACUAAAAUAGGACAAAUUAUAUCGACCAGCUCUGAGCUUUCAUUUCAAACUGCAUUGUCGCAUGCAUGUAAUUGUAGCAGAUUUUGAAGGAUUUAAUUGUAA